UGCCACAAGACGUCUAGGUGAACCUCGUUUGCAUUAUCAGCUUAAUUUUUUUAGCUCUAUUGUCACUAUUAGAUGCUAAAAUCAACAUGGCACCUGAAUGGGCAAUAGGAGAGAAUAAGAACUAUCAACAGAAACUUUUGAUUCCAGGAACAAAAAAAAGAAAAUUAUUUGGUUUGCUAGAGAAACCCAAUCUGCCACCAGCCGCUCCAAACGUGACCUACAAGCUAUUCAUGUUUGGGAAAGCCUCUUCGGGCAAAACUUGGACAAUGAACAGACUUUCUGGUCAGGAGCUACCAACACACCACACUGAGACUGUAGGAAUCCAAUGCAGCAAUGUUUAUUGGCCAAUGAAAAUUGGGAACCGUUUGAUUUUAUUCCGUCUGGAAAUAUGGGAUGCAGGAGAAUCAAGUGUGAAAAGAUACAAUCAUGUUUUACCAGCUUGUCGUGAGGGAGUGGAUGCUGUGCUACUGUGUUUCUCAGUGACAGAUCGCGAGGGGUGGCUCGAACUCCCUCGUUUACUGACAACUGCAACAACACCAACAGAUCGUGCAGCAUUAAUUGUAAUCGCCACAAGGUGCGACCAGUAUGCAAACCGGGAGGUAAGUGAGGGAGAACUUGAUUCUUUUGAAGCUACACAUGGAGUCCCAAUCAUCAAGUUGGGAGGAGCCUCAGAAGAUCAGUCCGAUGAAAUAACACACACUGCACCCAUUCUGAACUUCCUGUGCAAAAGACUGUGGCAGAGAGACCAAGAACUUCUUUCCAUCAAGCCUUAAAUUGCAGAUGGCAUCUUGAUAGCACAUGCCUCAGCAAAAAGAAGAAAAAAGAAAAGAAGAAGGAAAUAAAAGAAAGAAAAACUGAAAGGUAGAACAUAUAACUCAACGCCCUUGUCUUGAAUAUCCGUCCAGUCUACCUUUGUUGCAGUUUUUUUCAUUCUUUUGCUGAUGGUUAGGCUGGCUUGGCUGUAAUUGUUUUCGAUCUGCACUGAAUGAUAGUGAUAAGGGAUGGUUGUAUACUUGAGGCAUCCUGCGGCUAUUGAGAGGUUCAUACUCAAAAGGAUUUUAUUAUACGUGUAUGAAAUUGUCCUGUUAUAUGUAGGUGAGAAAUUUAUAUUCAUGUACUGACUCAAAACAGAAUGGUAAGAUAGGUUGUAUAUGUCUUCCAUGUUCUCAGAUUCACAAGCAUGAAAUGUGUAGGUGGUGGGAUAGAUAUGUCUUGUUACUCUAUACAUAGGCAGCAUACUUUAUGUACUGUAGCAAGUGCAAAAGCAAUUCAGCAGAUAAAGAUUUUUAUAGAGUUCUGAAUAUUAAUUUGAAUAUAUUUUUUAUAUUUCAAUAUAGGGAAAUGAUGUUAAGUAUGACAUAGUGUGUCUUGGCAAUUAAUAAAAGCAUUUUUAACA